AUGGUCAAAGAAUUUUUCACGGCCAGAGACAAAACGACCGGUUACGUAAUUGGACAAAGUGCACAUCACCUCUCCCUUACUCGACCAAAUGAGGGGCAUAGAACACGGGCUCAAUUCAUGAGGGAAGAUGAUGAAGAUGGACACAGGCAAGUUGGGAGUGAAAGGAGAGAAUCGGUGCAUCAUGAACUAGGAGAGCAUCUCGAAGAGCUCGAAGAGGGAGAGCAAGCUGGCUCUGGAUAUUGGGGAGGCAAUGAAAUGGAAGAUGAGGAGGCAGAAAUAGAGGAGAGUUGUGGCGAUAUCAGGGGUGAGCGGCAAAUAAACUCAAGUGAUGAAACAGGUAGCCCUCAAGACACACUGUUUCUACACGGAAGUAGGCCAAGUAAUAGCCUGGUGCCUAUUUCACUUGGCUCUGGGAGUCUGUCAGCAGCUGCUGCCACAGCAGCCUGUCUUUCAGGCAUCUCAGGAUUGUCAGUUAUUCCAGGACUGUCCAAUCUUACUGGCUUACAACGCAUGACCCCAGCAACUCUAGCCGCAGUAGCCGCGGCGACUGUUGCCGCCUCGAACAAGUGGUCGCCCAGUUCGUUUGGACCGCUAGGCGGUGGCCAUGCUUGCGACGUAAACGGCAGCACAUGCUCAGGCGCAAAUGGAUGCAGUCCCGGUGUUCAUGGUGGAUCUGGCGCCUCUUCUGUCGGUCUGUCUCCGACUCUUCUCACGGGAAUCUCACCCGGCCUAGUGACUGGGCCGAUGGGGCCGGCAUGCGGGACACCGAGGAAGUCGCCAAAUCAGAUGCGUGUGCUUUGUGACAUCUGCAACAAGUGGAUUUGUAACAAGUACUUCUUGCGUACACAUAAAGCUAACAAACAUGGUAUAACAGCGCCUGAACUGACGGCAACAAGUGUCGGUUCUGCUGGUGGAGGUGGCGCAGGAUCUGCGGGAGGAGCAGGAGCAGGAACCGGAGCAGGGACAGGAACCGGAGCAGGGACAGGAACAGGCGCAGGAGCA